AUGUCCGUGGCGGCCGGCGUGAGCGACGCGGCCAUCGCGGUGCGCGACAAGCUCCGUGGAAAGAUUGGCCAGACCAAGGUCAAACGGUACUGGCCGGGAAAGCCGCCUGAGUGGGCUGACGACGCCGAUGAGGACAUCGAUCUCAGGACGACACGGGUCGACAAGGCGUUCCCCAAGGACGACGACGGCGAUGUCCCCGCGAAGGAUGACCGACGGCUUCGCCGUCUCGCGGAGACUCGCGCGGAGAACAAGGAGGAGCUGAGGGCAGAUCACGCGCGCGACACGGCAGGCGGAGAUUGUGUCGACCGCGGAGGAGGAGAACGAGAGGCAGGAGGCUGA